GGUGCCGUGUUCCGGUUGACAUGAAAAUGUAAAACUUUGGUUGACUUUUUGCGAAAUCCCAUCAUCUCCUUCUUCUCCUUAGCUCCUUAGCUCUCUUGUUCACUCAUCAUAGCAGCAAAGGAACGAUCUUCGUGUAGUCUGCAGCCUUUGAUCCACGUCGAGGCGACUGAGUCGAAGCUUCUUGGCUGAUCUCUACCUGGAUUCGCUGAGGAAAUGGAGGAGUCAUCAGGAUGUGAUUACGAAGUGUUUUUGAGCUUUAGAGGACUAGAUACUCGUACGGACAUUGCUGAUUACCUUUAUGUCAGCUUGGUUGAUGCUGGAAUUCGGGCAUAUAGGGAUGAUGAAGAGCUCCGUACCGGGGAAGAGAUCGGUGACCAGCUUCUCCAAGCAAUUGAGUAGUCAAAGAUCUCAAUACCAAUCUUUUCUAAAGGAUAUGAUAAUAGUGCAUGGUGCCUCAGGGAGUUGGUCAAGAUGGUGGAGUGCAAGAAAACAAGGGGACAAAAGAUCAUGCCCCUUUUCUAUGAUGUUGCACCAUCUGAGGUCAAAUACCAAAAUGAGCACUAUGGCAAUGCCAUUGUUUCUCAUUUAAACAAGAAGCGGUUCAAUGAUGAGACUAUCAACCACUGGAAGGCUGCUCUUAAAGAGGUUGGAGACCUAAAGGGAUGGGAUUUCCACAGCAUGCCAAACAGAGGCAAAGGUGAAUUCGUGAAAGAAGUUGUCAAUAAAGUUCUGACUGAGUUGAGAAUUGCCAACGUGGAAGUAUCCGAUUGCUUUGUCAAAGUAGACAAUGAUGUGGAUGAAAUCAUAAGGAUGAUAGGUUCACAGAACGAUGAAACAAAGAUUGUUGGAAUUCACGGUAUUGGUGGCGUGGGAAAGACGACUCUUGCCAUAUUUGUGUACAAUCAACUUUCUGAAUAUUUUGUUAAUAAUUGUUGCAUCCUUUAUGACAUACGAACACAAAACAUUACAGACUUGCAGAAACAGCUCAUAUAAAAAAUCCUUAAAAUGAAAUCGCCUGAUAUCAACAAUGUCAUGGAAGGGAAAGAGGUGAUCAAGAGAAGGUUGUGCUCUAAAAGAGUGCUUCUUCUACUUGAUGAUGUUAAUGAUGCAAGUCAACUUGAUGCGAUCAUGCAGAAGCGUGAGUGGUUUGGUAAGGGAAGCAAGAUUAUUAUUACCACUCAAGACCGGGGAAUUCUCAAAGUGCCUACACUUGUUGAUGGGGCUUACGAACUUGAUGGCAUGAAUUUUAAUCAUUCUUUGGAACUUUUUAGCAAGCAUGCCUUUAGAAGAGAUAAUCCCAUAAAACAAUACAACUCUCACUCUGAUAGAGCAGCAAAGAUUUGUGGCGGCCUUCCUUUAGCUCUAGAGGUCAUUGGUUCUCUUUUAUCUGGAAAAAGCAUAGAGGAGUGGGAUGCCAUAUUAAAGGAGCUAGAAAAAUUUCCUCAGGAGGAUG